UGAGGCGAGGAGACAGAGAAAGGAGGGGAGAGAAGCUAUGGAUGGAGAGAGAGAGAGAGAGGGAUGCUGUUGCCAGGGAACAGCAGCCAUAUAGAGGACCACUGAAAACAACAGCAGGAUUAUCUGAUGGAGUAAAAGGAUAAAGAGAUGUGGUGCUCAUUUUUUGCCCCACAGAAGGGUUUGAAUUGAUAUUUGGGAGUGGAAAAAGAUGCUCCAAAAGGUAUUGGGAGUUACAAGCAGGGUGAUAGAAAGGGAUGCCAGAGCAGAUGCAUUCUGAUUAAAGGAAUUUUGUGUGUUGGUGGUGUGGACGUAGGAGCUGAGAGGCAAGACUCUAGAUUGCCAGUCCUUCUCUAACAAAGGUGGCCAGAGGCGGAGGAGAAGAAGAGGGGGAGUCCAGCACAGAGGUGCCCCCUGUCUCCAGACACCUGCUGCUGGCUAGCGAAUGACAUCGAGGACACUGUAUGGCUGUGUCUGUGCAUGAGUGUGCGUGUGUGCAUGUGAAUGAGUGAGAGACGGGGAGCGUGAGAGGAGGAAUUUUGGUCUGACCCCGGCUUCUGUGUUGAUGUGGAGGAUCAGGACUCUCUCCCCCUUGAAUCUUUGCGUCUGGGACUGAGGAGGAGGGAGGACACAGACCAGCGAGAGGUUUUCAGGGGAUCUCACACCGCUCAUGCCCCUGCUGCUCUCCUCUCUGAGGGAUGGGCACCACAGAGGCAACGCUACGAAUGGAGAACUUGGAAGUGAAAGACGAGUGGCAGGAUGAAGACUUCCCCAGACCACUACCAGAGUACGGAGACAUGGAUCCCUCUUGUGGUCUGACAGACGACAGAGCCUCUCCCCCUUGCUCCCUGAAUGUGAGCUCACCCGGAGGAGGAGGAGGCGGCGUGUCCUCGUCCCACCGCAAACGCCGUACAUUGGUUGCCCCGGAGAUGAACCUUUCACUGGACCAGAGCGAGGGCUCUUUGCUGUCAGAUGACUUUCUCGAUACACCAGAUGACCUGGACAUCAACGUUGAUGACAUUGAUACGCCUGACGAGACAGACUCGCUGGAGUUCAUCACCAACGGCAACGAGCUGGAGUGGGAAGAUGACACACCGGUGGCCUCGGCCAAAGCAGGUGGUCCUGCUGGUGGCUCAGGAGAAGCGGACGAGGAGGGGAACGUCAACAACGGACGCCUCUGGAGGACGGUGAUCAUCGGAGAACAGGAGCAUCGUAUUGACAUGCAGGUCAUCAGACCCUACCUCCGGGUCAUCACACACGGAGGUUACUAUGGCGAGGGGCUGAACGCCAUCAUUGUUUUCUCUGCCUGUUACCUGCCUGACAGCAGCUUCCCAGACUACCAUUACAUCAUGGAGAACCUCUUCCUGUACGUGGUGAGCAGUCUGGAGAUGCUCGUGGCUGAAGAUUACCUGAUCAUCUACAUGAACGGAGCCACUCCUCGAAAUAAAAUGCCCGGGAUCAGUUGGCUCAAGAAGUGCUACCAGAUGAUUGACAGAAGAUUGAGGAAGAACCUGAAGUCUUUGGUUAUCGCUCAUCCCACCUGGUUCAUACGCACCGUCCUGGCGAUAUCCAGGCCCUUUAUCAGUGUGAAGUUCAUGAAUAAGAUCCAGUACGUCCACAGCCUGGAUGAACUGGCAGAGAUCGUCCCCAUGGAGCACGUCCAUGUACCAGAGUGUGUGGUGCAAUUUGACGAGGAGAGGAUUAAAGCACGGAGGGAAAGGAUGGAGCAGGAGCACAGACAUCAGGAUCAGCAGCAGUCAGUCCCACAGGAGCCAAUUAAAAAGUCUGAGAGGCCGAAGUCAAUGUUUGUAGGGAAUCAGGGAUUAUGAGAAGGAAGGAGCUUCGCAGGAGGAGUGUGUGACAGACAUAUGGAGCAUGAACCUUUGAUAUAAAGCAGCGGAUCCAGCAAGUCUACAUAUGCUUCCUUGUUUCAACAUCCACCUGAGCUGGUGAACGCUGCGUCUCAUCAACCCUCUGUGUGGAACCCCUUCCUCCUCUCUGCCGGAGGGUUUCAUAUCCCAGCUUGAAAAAUGUACGACGGAAGUCACCGCUCUGUUAGAGGAAGUGUUUCACCAUGGAAACUUUUGUUGGGUUCAUCGACUCAUUAACCUGCUGUGUGGUCGGACCGGUUGUGAUAUGACAUCAUCGUGAGGCUCUGGAGGACCAGGACGUUGACAGAAAUGCACGCUCUAUAUAAUGCAACACAAAGUUAACUGGAACACUAAAGAAAGACAAUUGACUUUGGCAAUGUUGGGUGAAACAAGUGUAACUCCAAUCGUGGAUGUUGUAACAACAUUUGAAGGAUUAAUGGUUUAAUUUUACAAUUCUACUUUUUGUUAAGGGCAGACACCCCAGGUGAAUAGGGUAAAAAAAAAUCACCAAUAGAUAUUGCCAUGAAACUUCCCCAGUUGAUUACUUACAUUAAGACAGUUAUUUCUUGUAUUACAAGUUUUCUGAAAUGUUGUGUUUGAA